GGUUGGUUGGUCAACCCCCCCCCCCCCCCCCUCUCUCUCCAAGCCCAGGCAUUUCCGCGAACUCAUCGCGCGCGUUGCCGCCACAUGGCCGCGCCGUCGCCCGCGCACAGGUAGGCGUCUCGCGGGCUGCGAGUUUGGCUGCUGCCAUGCUCCUGCGGCUGCUGCUGCUUGUGGUGGUGGUGGCGGCGGCCGUGGCGCAGCCGCAGCCGCUGGCGUCGCGGACGGACGUGGCGGGGCUGUACAGCCUGCGCGGGUCGCUGGGGCUGCGGGCUCGGGACUGGCCGGCCAGGUCCGACCCCUGCGCCGCGUGGGCGGGCGUCACCUGCAGCGCCGGCCGCGUCGUGGCGGUCACCGUCGCGGGCCUCCGCCGCACCCGCCUCGGCGCGCAAGCGCCGCGGUUCGCGGUCGACGGGCUGCGGAACCUCACCGCGCUCGAGCGCUUCAACGCAUCCGGGUUCCCGCUCCCCGGGGAGAUCCCCGCGUGGUUCGGCCGCGGCCUCCCGCCGUCGCUCGCCGUCCUCGACCUCCGCUCCGCCGCCGUCAAUGGGACGCUGCCGGCUGACCUUGGCGCGUCGGGGAACCUGACGAGCCUGCUCCUUUCCGGGAACAACCUCUCGGGCCUGGUCCCGGCGUCGCUGCUCUCCGUCAAAGGGCUUCGCUUUCUUGACCUCUCCCGCAACAAUUUCACCCGCGAGCUGCCGAACGUCUCUGUCGUCGCCGGAGAUGGAGCCGCCUCGUUGUUUAACAUUUCCGGGAAUUCUCUUUAUGGAGUGGCCGGUGAUGCGAUUGGGGCACUCAAGGGAAGGUUUCGUGUGGUGGACGUGUCGAGCAACUACUUCGAUGGAGCUUGGAACGGGUCUGACGGAACAGUGGUUGUCACAAUGAAUUGCUUCUAUGGUGUGCCGGGUCAGCGCAGCCGUGUGGAUUGUGAGGAGUUUUAUAGGAAGAAAGGCGUGAGGCUUGUUGAUGCUCCAGCGCCCUCGCCCUGGCCUUCGCAGCAGCCGUCACCGGAGAAGAAGAAGAAGCAAAGGAUCUCCAAAAAUGUACUCAUUGGAGUCCUUGCAGCUGCGGCAGCCUUAAUGGUUGUGUUUUUCUUUGCAUUGGUGUUCUGUUUGGCGAGGAAGAAACGGAGACGAAGAAGGGGAGGGAGAGGAAUGGAAUCAAAUGAGGAAGGUUCACGCUCUGUGCGUAGGAGGGAUAGCAGUGUAAAUCCCGUGGCGUCAUCACCAGCGGCAGUGUCCCCAAGAGCCAAUGCUGGACCUAAGGAUGUGUCUGCUGUUUUCGGUGAGUUCACCUUUGAGCAGUUGGUCCAUGCCACUGGGGGCUUUGGUGACGACAAACUCAUCAAGCACGGGCAUUCAGGGGAUAUUUACCAUGGUGUCUUAGAGAAUGGCUCCCAUGUCAUUGUUAAGAAGGUUGGUGCAAAGGGUGCCAACAAACAGGCACGUGAAUUGGACUUCUAUACGAAGUACUCGCACGAGAGGAUUGUUCCGUUGCUUGGGCAUUUGGCCAAGGAUGAUGAGGAAUUCCUUGCUUACAAGUAUAUGCCAAAGGGGGACCUGACCAAUGCAUUGCACAAGAAACCUGUCGACAGUGCAGAUGGCUUGCCCUCGUUGGAUUGGAUAACUAGACUGAAGAUUGCAACUGGUGUGGCUGAGGCCAUGUGUUUCCUUCAUGAUGAGUGUAGCCCACCAUUAGUUCACAGAGAUAUCCAAGCAAGCAGCGUCCUUCUAGAUGAUAAAUUUGAGGUGCGACUUGGAAGUAUGAGUGACAUAUGCACUCAGCAAAGUGGUGGAAGCCAGAAUGUCUUCUCUCGGAUUUUGAGAUCAUCAAAGUCGCUUGAGAAGCACACAUCAGCCCCGCCAGCCACAUGCUCCUACGAUGUCCACUGCUUCGGCAAGGUGCUGCUCGAGCUAGUGACCGGCAACUUCGGCAUCAGCGGAGCAAAAGCCGCCGCCUCAGAGGACUCGGAGUGGCUCGCGACCACGCUGAGCCACAUCAACCCCGGCGACAAGGCGACCAUCACGAACAUCAUCGACCCCCUGCUCGUCGUCGACGAGGACCACCUGGAGGAAGUGUGGGCAGUGGCGAUCAUCGCCAAGACGUGCCUUAACUCGAAGCCCUCGCGGCGUCCCUCGGCGCGCUACGUGCUGCGAGCCCUGGAGAGCCCGCUGCGGGUGGCGUGGCAGGGCUCCUCUCGGUCCAACUCCUCACGGCUGAGGAGCUCGUCGUCGCGCAGCUCGUGGCAGUCCGUGUUCCAGGGGAACCGGGUGCAGAGCCUGGACACCGUGGCGUCGGCGUCGGUAGGGCAAGCACUGGAUCAGAGACAUUCGGUGAGGUCGUAUGGGAGUGGAGGAGAGGCGUCGUUCUCGUCCAAGAGAGCUGCGCGGGAGAUUGCGCCGGAGCCGGUAGGGGGAGAAGACGACGUUGUUGUGUAGGGCACCUUUUUUUUUUGCGAUUCUUUACAGGCGUUCGUGAUGAUUCUUUCUCACAUGAUAUCCACUGGCAUGUGUGUAUAAUUUGUUGUCGUCUGAUGCGUUGAUCCGGUGUUCCAAUAUGAGAAUUGUGCAUAAAGAGUAUUUUUUAGGAAAAAAACCAAAAUUUCUAUGUUU